GCCUGCCGCACUCCCGGAGCGAGAAAGCGAGGAGCGAGCCACGGCGAUGGUGCCGCCCGCGGCGCAGCCAUGGAACCUGCCCGAGGAGCCCGCGCACGCCGCUGCCAGCCUGCCCGCAGCCUGCCGCCUGCGCGCCAGCUCCCCGCGUCCCGGGCCAGCUGCGGCCGCCCCGCCAAUCUCUGCCCUCCUCUCCGCCCGGCGCCACUGAGCCCCACGCCUGUGCCGAGCUCUGGGGUACGGGCGCCCUAGUCCCGCCGCCGUAGCCACUGCCGGUGCGCCGCAGCUGCCGCGCCACUGAGGCAGAGAAGGAAGAAGAGGAAGACGCCGCUGUCGUUACCGUCGGCGCUUGGCACAGCCAGGGGCAGAGUGAGGAGACCGAGAAAGGGUUCCCAAGCCAGGCUGCUAUCCAACCUUUGCCCGGAGAGGGCCCUGACAGCACCUUGGCUGGUCUACUCUCCAGGACCUUUGGCUGCACAGAAUGGGGCGAGCUGGGCCAGGGGCAGGGGCACUUGAGGCCUCUGCCUUCUCAAAGCUCUGAGGAGGAGCUGAGAAGCGUGACCACCCAACCCCGUGGUGCAUUACGUGCAGAAACGUUGUCAUGUAUGCAGGAAGAGAGCACAAAUGAUAUGGAAUGUGAGCAUCUGCCAGCAGAGACGCUGCGACAAGUGACCAUUCACCGAGACCCUAUAUAUGGCUUUGGCUUCGUGGCCGGCAGUGAGAGGCCUGCGGUGGUUCAAUCAGUGAGGCCAGGAGGCCCCUCUGAGGACAAGCUCCUGGCUGGUGACCAGAUUGUGGCUAUUAAUGAGGAGGACGUGAGUGAAGCCCCCAGGGAGAGGUUCAUAGAACUCAUCAGGAGCGCUAAGGAAUUCAUCAUUCUUACAGUUCUGCACACUCAUCAGUCCCCUAAAUCUGCCUUCAUUAGUGCUGCGAAGAAGGCCAAGCUGAGGUCUAAUCCUGUGAAGGUUCGAUUUUCCGAGCAGGUAGCAAUUGGAGAAACAGGCGCAAAAAUGAUGAAGAAGGAAGCCCUCCUCCUCAUCCCCAAUGUCCUGAAGGUUUUCUUAGAAAAUGGGCAGAUCAAGUCAUUCACUUUUGAUGGCCGGACCACUGUUAAGGACGUGAUGGUGACAUUACAGGACCGUCUCUCCUUAAGGUACAUUGAGCACUUUGCUCUUGUCCUUGAGUAUGCUGGGCCAGAACAGAAUCACAAGUUCCUGCUUCUCCAGGACAAGCAACCCCUGGCUUAUGUGGUACAGCGGACACACUAUCAUGGAAUGAAAUGCCUCUUCCGAAUAAGCUUCUUUCCCAAAGACCCUGUGGAGCUGCUGCAACGGGAUCCUGCUGCUUUCGAGUACCUAUACAUCCAGAGUCGGAAUGACGUUAUUCGAGAACGCUUUGGGAUGGACCCCAAGCCAGAGAUGCUUUUGGGCCUGGCUGCCCUCCACAUCUAUAUCACCGUCUCAGCCACUCGGCCCAGUCAGAAGAUCUCACUCAAGAAUGUGGAGAAGGAAUGGGGCCUGGAACCCUUUCUUCCUCCCUCCCUCCUGCAAGUCAUCAAAGAGAAGAACCUUUGGAAGUCUCUCUCUCAGCAGCUGAAGGCUCACCAAAUGCAUCCUUCUAGUAGCACCAAGGGUUCUGCAGUCCAGGCAAAGCUCCAGUACCUUCGAAUUCUGAAUGAACUUCCAACCUUCACAGGCGUAUUGUUCAACACUGUGGGCCUGGAUGAAAAGCAGUCUGCUACCACUCUCCUGGUCGGACCCCGUCAUGGCAUUAGCCAUGUAAUUGAUCUCAAAACCAACCUCACCACUGUGCUGUCCGAGUUCAGCAAGAUCAGCAAGAUCCAGCUGUUCCGGGAGAACCAGGGUGUGGCCCGCGUGGAGACCAGCAUCAUGGAUGCCAAGCCUCUGGUUCUGUUGAUGGAGUGGCCUGAAGCCACCAACUUUGCCUGCCUGAUUGCAGGGUACUGCCGCCUCCUGCUGGAUUCCAGGAAGAUGGUCUUUUCCAGGCCUGCCACCCAACCUCUUCCACCUCCAAUGAUCAAGGCAGAUUACAUGCACAGCGCCCACCGCCCUGUCACUGGGGGCCACCUGGGGAAAAAGGAGAGUAGUUAUGUGGGCAGCGUGGGCACCAGCCCCAGGAAUUCGAGCCGCUGCACACCCCCACCUGCCGACUCUGAGCUUGUCAGCUUCUGCUACCUCCACAUGCGGGAACAAAGGAAAGAGCAGGAAAGCCGGACAGAUGUCAAUGAGAACCUAAUCUUCUUUGAGGAGACCAGGCCCCGGACCAAGUCUGACCCCACAUCAAAAAGCUCUGGCCCAGGUUACCAUGUCAUCCCGGCUGACUUUGAUGCAGCCAGCUUAGACCAUGAGCCUUGCGCUAGCAGGGCCCGGUCCUACACCUUGGACAAUUCCCUUGGGGCUGAAGCCUUGAAUUUCUACUGUGACUCUUGCAAAGCCAAACUCCAGGAGCAACUAGGCCCUCGGAAAGGUGGAAGGCCUGGCUCCUCUCGUGACAAUAUUGUGGACUUGAUGUCCCUCCCACCACCUGGGAGUGAGGAGGAAGAGGAAGAGGAAGAUGAGACAACUUCUCUGUUGCCUGCCAUUGCCGCCCCACCGCCUGGUUUUCGAGACAACAGCUCUGAUGAAGAUGACCCCAAGCGCCGGGCUGUCCAAAGCCAGGAACAAGGACGGCACCUGCAUGGGCUCCUGUAUGAUGAGAUUCCAGUGACACUGAUUGACAGUGUGCAGACCCGGACAGUCAGAGAUCAUGCCCAGGAGUUAGAUGAUGCCCUGGUAUCUACUCUACAGGCUCUGGAAGCCCUGGCUGCUUCAGAAGAUGGAACACAUCCCCCUCCCCCACAGACUGCAGGUCUGAUUGUGCUGGCCACAAUUACUCCUGAAUCAUCACUGGACUCUGGCCAUGAAACCAACUCUUCAGAGCUCACAGACAUGUCAGAGAUGAUGUCGGCCAUGAAGCAACACCAGAAUACCACCUACUUCCUGGCCCAACACCUCAACAAGGACCUGCCCUUCCGGAUCCAGAGCUGCGCAGCCCAGGCCGUUCUCACAGCCCCUUACUCUCUCGGGCGCCCAGAUCCCAAUCUGUCCUUCCAGCCAGCUCUCACAGGCCAGAGUCCUGCCCCGCCAGGCACUCGGAGAAAGCUGCCCCAGUCAGAGGCCCAGGCACAGGGAGAGCGAACAUACUCCCUGGCAGUGCAUCCGGCACUGUCCCCUCAGCUUAGUCAGCUUAGUGAGCAGAAGAAUCUUAGCCUGCUCCCCUCAGUGCCUGAGGACAAAGGGCCUGGCCACACUAGGGCUGGCAUGGAGAUGUCACUGAGGGCAGCCACACCCUCCUUCAGUGAAGAGCAGGUCUCAGAGCUGAGAGAGAACCUGCCCAAGGAGGUCAGGUUGAGCCCCAAGCUUAUCCUGGACCCAAAAGGCAGUGUGACGCCAGCCAUCAUCUCUGCUGCCCUACAGCAGGUGGUUCAUAGUAAGAGUCUAGCUCCCACUACUGGGGCCUUGGGGAACCCCCCUGGCAGGGGAGAGAGAAGGCUAGAGGCCAGCAUUGGGAGGCCAGAGGUCAGCAUGGGCAGGCCAGAGGUUAGCAUGAUGGGCAGCAGUACCAAUAAGAAUCUGAAGUUUAAAAUGAGCCCCGGUGCUCCAGAGAUUCCACAGAAUUCCCAGCAGCAGCUGGGACCAGAGGUCUCUUCCAGCCCCAGAGCACCCACAGGUAGCCGGGCCGACAGCCUAUACCUCUCCCCACAAGAGAACAGGCUCCCUGUUCAAAGUUUCCCUCCCAAAGGCUAUGUUUCGAGAACAAGUCGAGAGUCAGCAGGCAAGCAAGCUACAGGGGAGAUGGUCAGCAAGGACAGGCCAGAGGGAGCAAAGCCUACCUUGCACAAGCAGGGUGCCAUCUCCAACCAAGCGGAGAGGGGGCAGCUGGAUAGCACAUUCAAAAGCAGCAAGCUUGAGGACAACAGCCUGGUCCCCCCAGCUGGCUACUCCAUGGCUCUGCAGAGCCCUAGCUUCCAGCCUGGAAGCCGCACCCCCAGCUGCCAGUCCCGAGGCCAGAGCCCCAGCUGCCAGCCUCGAGGCCAGAGCCCACUGAAGCCUCCAGCUACCAGCUGGCAGGUGAGCACCAUGCCUUCCAGGAAGCUUGAUACCCUGGAUAGAGCCCACUCAGCCUCUGAAGGACCCACAAAGCCCAAGUCAUCCCGAGGUCCCUUCCGGCUACGAAAUUUAUUCUCUGCCACCUUCCCCACCCGCCAGAAAAAGGAGACAGAUGAGCGACAAGCCCAGCUGCAGAAGGUAAAGCAGUAUGAGCUGGAGUUCCUCGAGGAACUUUUAAAGCCACCAAGCCAGGGUGAGCUGCCCAGCACCGAAUACCUGCAACCUCCCGCACCUGGCCGCUGCAGCUGCCAGCUACGCAGCAGCCCCGUGCAGCAGGGACCUGGCAUGUCCCGAGAGCAGAGGCGAAGCUGUGACUGCAAGCGCAUCUGCCGGGGGGGCCGACCACAGACCACCCAGACACCAGUGCCUGGCCUCUGGGGAAGGGAGAAGGACAGGCUCCCCCCUACCCAGAGGCAGCCUGAGGCUGGCCCAGGCUUGAGCCUCAGCAGUCCCAUCAAUGUCCAACGCAUCCGUUCCACCAGCCUGGAGUCCCGAGAAUGCCGAUCGGAGCCUGAGAGUGGUGUUUCGUGCCUGACCACGUGUGCCUCCGGGGGUGAGUGUCUGGGAGCUCCCAACUAUAGAAAACUGAUGCGCCGCUACAGUAUCAGUGAGCUGGACCAGGAUGACAGGGCCCCGCUGACCUCAGACAUCUACCCACACCCACCCCUGGGUAUGCUGCCCAGGGAAGCCAAGGAGGUAGAGGCAGGCCUCCCCCUAAGCUUGGGUCCCAAAAGCAAAUUGGUGGAGUCACCAACGUUGGGAGAACCCUCAUAUGUCCAUGUUGCCCCUGAGACCAAAGGCCCCAGACACAUGGCUGUGUUCUCACUGCCAGAGGAGGUGUACCGGAAGCCUGCCGAGCUGGACGAGGACAGUGAGAGUGGCAAGUGCUGUUCUAUCCGCUACUGCUUCUACUAUCGCAAGUGUGACAUGGCAGAUGAUGCCAGUGAUGGCAAGGAUGAACUUUCCUACUCUAUUCCCAUGAAGAUUCUGCCAGGCAUGAAGUUGGAUGAGCAGGUGGUACCUGUGGUGAGCAGGACCCUGCAAGUGCUGGAUGCGGCCACCUGCAGCAGCAGCCCUGAGGCUUCCCGGACCCAGGAAAUUGACCUUCGGGUGUCCACCUUCGAGGGGAGCCUGGCCAAGAUCAACGCCCUGCGCACCCAUGCCUAUGGCCUCCCUGAUGGCUUCCUGGCUGCCCGCCUGGACACUAAUGAGCUGCUGACAGUCUUAAGGCAGUGUGUGGCCAGCCCUGAGGCCCGUGCUCCCAAGCCCUAUGUCUCUCAGAUCUCUGAGUACAAGCUCGAGCUAGCUCUCAAGUUCAAGGAGCUUCGGGCCUCCUGCCGCCGUGUGGCCAAUGUGGACAAGAGCCCAACUCACAUGCUGGCAGCCAUCACAGGCAGCUUCCAGGUGCUGAGCAGCCUCAUUGAGACCUUUGUGCGGCUGGUGUUCAUUGUGCACUCUGAAGCCCAGCGCCAAGAGCUGUUGGCCAAGGUGGAAGAGGUGGUGAGGAAUUAUACCUUCCUUUUGCGUGCAGCUGAGGAAUCCACAGCCCGGAACCUUAACCAGCAGCAACAGCAGCAACAGCAGCAGCAGCAACUGCAGCAGCAGCAGCAGCUACAGGGGCAACAGCAGCUACAGGGACAGCAGCAGCUACAGGGGCAGCAGCAGGUGGCAGCAGCUACAGGGGCAGCCACAAGGCAGCCACCAGGGUCCGCAGCUUCAGCGACUGUUAUGAGCACAUUCACUCGCUCCUUAAAAACCCUUAUUAAGUAGAGCAUCUGCCCAGGUCUGCCCCCCAACCCCCAGGUUUGAGCUUUGUGGUCCUUGCAUCUCGUAGUGAGUGUGUGUAUCUGCUGGGCCAGUCAGGGUCCAAGAGCCCUUCAGUCUCCAGGGAAUGAAAACUCCCUCAACUGAGGCUCUCUCUUAAGGGCUGCAGGCCUAGCUGCUGCCCUGGGUGUUCUCACCUCUUCUCUGGCCUCUGGGCAUCACUGUGAGGGCAAAGGCCCCUCGCCACUCUGCCCACCACAGAGCUAUAUUUUCUCUCUUCUCUGGGGCUGAGAGGCGACAUCAGGCUCACGAGUUGGGCCCAGGGGAGCUAGGGUCUCGAGCUCCUCCUGGUGUGUGCUCCCCUACACAGAGUGGUGGCAGUAGCAGUAGGCCACAGCACUGCACCAAGGGGUGAGGGUACUCAGUCCAGAUGUGCCCGUCUGCCCAUCCUGGGCUCACACGCACCUGGCAGGAGCCCUCCAAGGGCCCAUGCCCAGGUGGGAUGUGUGAAGAAAACAGCUGCACCCAGCUGUUUGCAACCAGUCCAACAGGCUGGCAGCCUCGGGAGCCCUCACCCCCAGGUCCAGUAGCUCCAUACCAGCUAUCCCCAAAGUGCCCUGCCCCUCACCUAUGGGCAGGGAAGCUCAGUCCACUAGGGAGCAAGCCUCUAGGAUCACCCCACUCGUUUUGGGUAAGGUACCUGGUGAAAAUGUCUGCCCUGGGGAGACCCAGCACAGGCCUAGGAGCCUGCCCCGCCCAGCACAGGGGCCAUUGCCACAGGCGUGGGGCUCCUCUCUCAACAUUUCCCUACCAGACAGACUGUCCUUAGAAGUUUGACUUAGCUGUG